AUGCGGAGGAAGGGAGAGCAGUACCCGGUGCCAGCUCACGCUGGACAUGAUAGCAUGGUGAAGAUUCUGUAUUUUACUCUGAGUGGGAUGGGAAACCAGCAGAAGAUUGUGAACAAGAAAUUAAUACAUGAAAGAAGGGCAUCCAGCUGCAAGAUUGGCCUGUCCAUCCUCAACAGCGACCUGGCCAGUUUAGGGGCCGAUUAUCUGUACCUGGAGCAUUUUGUUCCCAACAUCACCUUUGGUCACCCUGUGGUACAAAGCCUCCGAAAGCAGCUAGCCCAGGACCCUUUCUUUGACAUGCACACGAUGGUGUCCAGGCCGGAACAGUGGGUAAAACCAAUGGCUGUAGCAGGAGCCAAUCAAUAUACUUUUCAUCUCGAGGCUACUGAGAACCCGGGGGCUUUGAUCAAAGACAUUCGGGAGAAUGGAAUGAAGGUUGGCCUUGCUAUCAAACCAGGAACUACAGUUGAGUAUUUGGCACCAUGGGCUCAUCAGAUAGAUAUGGCCUUGGUUAUGACAGUGGAAGCUGGGUUUGGAGGGCAGAAAUUCAUGGAAGAUAUGAUGCCAAAGGUUCACUGGUUGAGGACCUGGUUCCCGUCUUUGGACAUUGAGGUUGAUGGUGGAGUAGGUCCUGACACCAUCCAUAAAUGCACAGAGGCAGGAGCUAACGUGAUUGUAUCUGGCAGUGUCAUUAUGAGGACAGAAGACCCCAGAUCUGUGAUCAACCUGUUAAGAAAUAUUUGCUUAGAAGCUGCUCAGAAACGUUCUCUCGAUCGAUGGAACCACAAGGAGUCCAGUGUUUCUGCUUACGAGAUCUCCUUUUUACUGGAAAACAAGAAUAUUACCUACCAAAUCGUACCACAGUUGAGGCAGUGCUGCUUUUCUGAGCAAUUAUUCAUUCCAGUGACUAAAAUCCAUUUUGCAGAAUGUUCCAAGUGGUUAGAAAUUGGUGUGUAUUACAUUUUCAGUGAUGCAAUUUAA